CACAGACAGUAUACAAGCAGCAGCAGCAGCAACAGUGAACUGGCAUGCGUCGGGUCGGGCGCGCCGCGUUCUGCUAGAUUUUGCCAAACUCGCAGCAAGUGCCGAGUGCUGUGCCCCGUUCCAUUCUUAGUUUGGCACUGCCAUCAGACACGAGCGGAUCAAGACAGAGCCGCCUUAUAAGUUGCUUUUAAAUACACCCGUGCUUUUACACUGAUAUAUACCAUUACGAGGCUCAGUGGAUCGCAGAGCUUUUUCUUUACAACUUUCACGAUUCGCUGAUAUUCGGAGUGAAGGAGAAAAUAUAUCGAGUGCCAGUGCUGCUGCAGCAUUUCCACUGCAUCACCACCCACACGGUGCUUUGAUUAUAGUCAAAAGCCCGAUUGGAGGAGUGAAGUUGCGACGCCGUGCUAAAGCUCUGUGACUCGAGAACGAAUUGUUGAUCUUGCACAAUUGCAAUAUCCGCACGAUUGAGCGUGCUAAGGAAUCGACGACAUCGCAGCAAGUGCCGCCGCGAAGAUGGAAGAGGAGACGGAAAUGAGCACGAGCUGCUGCGGUGAGAACAAUCUCAUGAUGCGCGUCUAUUAUGCGGCCAGCGACGGCAUGGCUUUAAAUCUUUUUGCCAUACUCAGCGAGCUUGAGCCCGAGGAGGCCAAAAAAUUGCUUCAUCAGAAAAUUUUGCAAGAAGAUGGCCAGUGUUGCUCACCAUUCAUCGUUGCUGCACGAUUUGGUCACACUAAAGUUAUUAAAAUGCUCUUACAAAAAUAUGACAUAGAUAUUGAGCAAGAGGGAAGAGUGAAGUUUGAUGGAUUCAUGAUUGAAGGGGCCAGUGCUCUUUGGUGUGCUGCAGGUGUUGGUCAUUUGAAUGUUGUAAAAGCAUUGGUGAAGGCAGGAGCAAAUGUAAACCACCCAACAAAAACAAAUUCUACUCCAGUAAGAGCUGCUUGUUUUGAUGGAAGAUUAGACAUUGUUAAAUAUUUAAUUGAUCAUUCUGCAGACAUUCACAUUGCAAAUAAAUACAAUAAUAGUUGUCUUAUGAUUGCAACUCACAAUGGCCAUUUGGAUAUUGUGAGUUAUUUAUUAGAGCAAGGAGCUGAUCCAAAUGAAAAAGCACAGUGUGGAGCAACAGCAUUACAUUUUGCUGCAGCUUGUGGCCAUACUAACAUUGUCAAGGAAUUGUUGAAGCAUGGUGCACAAAUGAUAUCCAAUAACAAGAACAUGACACCAUUGAUUUCAGCUGCUGAAAGAGCUAGAGAUGAUGUUGUUGAAUGUCUUAUUGAAAAUACAGAAAUCGAUAGAGAAGAUAAAAUAGAAGCUUUUGAGCUUCUUGGAGCUUCAUUUGCUAAUGAUAAAGAUUUUUACUGUUUACAAAAAGCUUAUGUCAACUUGCAUAAAGCUAUGACACUGAGGUACUGUGAUCCAGACAACAUUAUUAGAAAAGUUCCAAGUAAACCUAUUCCAGCUUAUGAAAAUUGGCUUGAAUCAGAAACAGUAGAAAGAUUAGAGAGUAUAAAAAACAAUCAAAAUGCUAUACAUAUGGAAUCCCUUACUAUCAGAGAGAGAAUUUUAGGGACUGAAAAUCCUGAUGUACCUCAACCUGUGAUUUAUAGAGGAGCUGUUUUUGCAGAUAAUGCAAGAUUUGAUAGGUGCAUAGAUUUAUGGUUACAUGCUUUACAUUUGAGACAAAAAAAUAAUCUGUCUGUAUCGCGGGAUCUAUUACGAUUUGUUCAAGUAUUCUCUCAAAUGAUUCACGUUGGAGUAGAACUCGAGUUUCAGCAAGUAUUAGACAUUCUUGAAUCAAGCGUAAUAGCGCUGGAAAGAAAUAAAAAACAAUUGUCCGAACCAGUCUUAAAAGAUGAUACUGAACCCUCAGUUGAGGAACAAAUAGAAUCGAAUUUGACGAUUACGCUGUAUAUUUUAUCAAUCAUUACAAAAUUGAUAACAUUGAAUGGAAAAAAAUAUCAAAAAGAUUACAUGGAUAGAGCUCUACGUUUAGUUUGUCGUGUUACUUUUCUUGAAAUGACUUUAAAAGAUGGCAAAACUAUAUUACAUUUAGCAGUUAAUCCGGAGACUCCUGUGGACGAUUUUCAUACGAAUGAUGUGUGCAAUUUUCCAUGUGCAUCGACUUCCAAGUUACUAAUACAAUGUGGCGCAGACGUCAACGCAAUGGAUCAUAAAAGAAAUACGCCUUUACAUUAUAUAGUGCAAUAUAAAAAGCCAAUCAGUGACUUUAUUACGUUGCACUCGAUUAUAUUGGAUCUCGUCCAGGCUGGUGCGCAUAUCGAUGCUGUGAAUUCUCAAGGGAAAACACCUUACGAAGCAGCGACAACAGGAGUAGCCGAGAUUAUUCUUCGAACACAGACAAAGCUAUCAUUAAAGUGCAUUGCUGCUAAGGUCAUAAAAAAUCACAAUCUUUCUUAUUCUGGCAGUGUUCCUAGCUGUCUGGAGAGCUUUAUUGAGCUUCACGGCUCGGGUCUUAACAAGGGGUAAAGUUGGUUAUCUUCUCCGUUGAAGAAAAAAUUUUAUUCAAAAAUUAUCCCUGCAAAGAGGAAAAUGUACUGAAUACCAAAGUGAUGUAGAUAGCUAUAAUUUUAAGCAAAAAACCAAAGAUAUAACUUGUAUUAUUUUUGUCUAUAUAUAAAGUUAUUACAUUUUUCUAACUACUUGCUACUGCUGUAGAAAAAGUUGUACAAAUAAAAGAUUUUAUUACGAUUUAAAA